AUGGACAUUGAGUGUAAUGUGGGUGAUGAAGACUUCCUUAAGGUUUCACCUUGGAAGAAGGUAUUGAGAUUUUUCCGUAAAGGGAAGUUGAGUCCAAGAUUCAUUGGAACUUAUCACAUCAUUAAGAGGAUUGGACGAGUGGCUUAUCAAUUGGAGUUACCUCCAGAGUCAGAUCGUAUUCACAAUGUGUUUCAUGUGUCCAUGUUGCGACGUUAUCAAUCUAACCCUUCUCAUGUGAUUCUAGUAGAGGAUAUUAAAGUUCGUUCUGAUUUGACAUUUGAAGAGGAACUGGAACAUACCAUUGAUCUUGAUGUUAAAGUUUUAAGAACCAAGCAAGUUCCUCUUGUGAAAGUGUUAUGGAGAAAUCAUGAUUUAAGUAAGGCAACUUGGGAACCUGAAGAUGCGAUGCGGCAACAAUAUCCUCACCUAUAUCCAUCAUGUAAUUUCAAGGAUGAAAUUUAUUUUAAGGAGGAUAAAGUUGUCACAUCCUAUUUUCUUAAUUAA